UUUUUCGAUUCGUCUCUCGUUUUCCUUCCGUCAACAUUUUUCCCUUCAGAUCCUCUUCAUUCUAGCCGAUCAUGGCAUCUCAACAAGACAAGUUCUUCUCGGCCAUGACCAACCGGUCGCUCCGUACUGUCCGAGCGGAGCUAGAGUUUCUCGCAGAUGCCUCAGUCAUUACGCCACAGCAACUGUCGUCGAUUCUAUCGCAACUACCAAAUCAGGGCGAACGUUCAGUGUCUGCUCCUCCUCCUCAGCCAUCACCAGUGCAGCCAGCCCCUGUUGUACAGACUCUUCCUUCUCCUACCCCAUACUCUCCUCCUACAGCACAGUUCGCCAAUACCUCGUUGAACGAAAAGACAUCUUAUCAACAGCCGCCUCCCCAGCAACAUUAUACUCCGCCUCCUCCUGCCUACCCCCAGGCACCCACAGUGCUCUCUGUUGCUUCCGCACUCUACGCAUACACUCCUACAGAUGCUGGAGAUUUGGCUUUGCAACCGAAUGAUCGUGUCCAAGUUCUGGAGCACAUGAACGCAGAUUGGUGGCGUGGUCGCAACGAACGCACAAACCUCGAGGGUAUCUUCCCUCGCAGUUAUGUGAACGUUCUUAAUGAGAAAGCCGUUGCUUCCCCUCCUCCUCCAUCUAGCUAUGGCAACAUGCCUUUGGAAGUUAGUCAGUCUGGCUCCGGCGCACCCGCCGAAGAGAAGAAAAGCAAGUUUGAGGAGCAAGGCAAGAAGUUCGGCAAGAAGAUGGGCAACGCUGGUAUGUAUAUUUCACCCAUAUCCUCGAAAAUUCUCAAAAGGCUGACCUUGGGACUCAAUUCAGCCAUCUUUGGUGCCGGUGCCACGAUUGGCUCCAACAUUGUUAAUAGCAUUUUCUAAUUCAGCGCUUUGGUUUUCGAUUCCGGUUUGCUUUACCUCUAUUCCAGUCUUCCACCGGUCGGGACAACUCUUUCAUUUUGCCCCCUCUUAUUUUGUCUCAUAGGAACGGCGUUGGCGGGGUUCUAAUUUGCUCAUUCUUGUUGAAUAAGGAAGCCUUUCAAACGAACCUAAUGACCCCCCUUACCAAUAUUGACUGGCUGUGGGUAAAUUUUAUUGGUAUUGCUUGAUUCAAGUCUCCAA